UUUGUUCCCCUUAAUAAACUUUCAUAUAGGGCUGAUCUCUGCCAUCAGUCAGAUGAUGAAGAUGAGGAAGAUGAAGAAAGCAGUGCUGAGGAAUCUUUGCUAGAGAAGACAUUUAAUGAACGGAAUUCAUUAAAUGCAGAUAAUCAUAAUCACAGAAGAUGUUUACCUUUCCGGUUGGUUCAUGUUCGAAGCCGCCAGAAAAUUGUUAUUUUGGCAACUCUUCUAGUUAUUGUAAUAAUGAUGGCUUGUGCUGUUAUAAUUUGGAUUGGGAUGGGAAAAAACCCUAUUGAUUCUACAGUGGUGGCUCGGGUAUAUGUAGAGGUUUUUGCAGGAGCAAUGCUCUUAUUAGCUGGAGCACUAGCUUGUUAUGGAAUAUUACUAUGCCUGAAAAUGAGCAAAGUCAGAACUGAAAGAGCUUCUUCAGAGCUUUGGAAGGUUGCGGGUUUAGCUGUUGUUUGUGUUUUAUGUUUCACCUCUAAUGCUUUUGUGGCUUUGUUAACUGACAUUCCUAUGCUUUAUCACAGCCAUGACCAGGAAGUGAAUGAUGGUUGUAUAUCUCUUCUAAUUGUGUAUUACUUUGUAGGUUCAUCAAUCCCCUCAACUUUUUUAUUAUGGGUAAUGAGAGAAGCACCACCAUUAAUAACAACUUAUGUACAACAAGAAUCAGCUACAUUAACUUUCGUAAGUGUUAGUACAGCAGCAAUACCAAAUCCUCAGCACUGGACAACUGCGCCAAGUGUGAGAAAUCAGGUCUGUAUUAUUCUCCCUUCAUAUUCUUCAUCUAUGUCGUGUAUAUAGACACUGAUAAAGUCAAGUUUUUGGAGUUGUUUAUGUAUCAAAGUUGAAACUUUGUUAAUGAUUUUAUGAACCAUCUUUGAAAAAUAAAAUUUCAUCAGGGUGAUAAAGUUAGAGUAGUACAAACUCUACUGUUUGUUGAAGGAAUUAACACACUUCUUCAAACUCUCUUU